AUGAGCUUGCCGGCAGAGGUUGUGCAGAAGAUCCAGGACUUUGCCAAACGUUGCAAUGAAUUUGAGACGCAACGCGAGCAAGAGUUCACUGGCGCAAGUCACCCCGGUAACUAUGGAAAGGAGCUCGAUGCAACCCUGAAGAGUCUACAGGAGCAGGCUGAAAGACAAGAAUCUACACUGAAUAGACUGCGAGCAAGGAGUCCUCUCGAUCUCCCUCGACCAGAUCUAGACCCCGCGACCCGCCUUGCGCAAACUCGUCGAGCUGCUGCUGCCUACCGAUCUCUCACUGCCAAACAACCAGAGCUGCCCGCACCUGGCUCCCCUCUCACUGGCCUUUUGGUGUUCCGGGAUUCCAUCCGAUUGAUUCGAGAGCUCAAAGCCAGCAUCUCGGCCGUCACGCAAGAUCUCGUCGCGAACCGCGAGCGAUUGAACACGGAAGAAGCAAAUCUCCGGGAUGCGCGAAUGAUUACAGCAGAAUUGCGAAGAAGGUUGGAGGCCGUGCAAACCCAGCAACAACAAGAAGCGAGGAAGAAGAAGAAACCUUCACAACUCGCCAAGGAGCUCAUUCAGAAGGAGCGAAACAGAGAAGCAGAGCUCGACAGAAGGACGGCCGAGUUAAAGGUUGCAUUGAAGAGUUUUGUUGACGAGCACCUUGCUUCCAUGUUGGCAGCUGAAGAUCUGGGUGGACCCGUGGUCGGUGACCAGGCCGAUAUCUCGGACAGCACACUUGAAGCUGGGUAUACAGCUCAUGGCAAGGAGAAGAAGCCCAAAACAAAGCAUGUAGAUGAUGCGGAUUCGAGGCAGCAGCGGAUUGAUGACCUUGUUCGCCGUCGAGCUAGCGGUGUUGAGGGGCCAGCUUCGACUGUCAACAAUAGAAGGGAUGCUUCGGCAGCGGAGUUUCACGCCUUGAUUGACAGGCUAUUGGAUGCAGCAUCAACUUCAUCCUAUAUCGAGCUUGAAAAGGAUUCUGCUGUAUCAAGGUUCCUUGUCAAAGCCAAAGUGGCGCAAUUCCAUCCAAGAGACUCGCGAAAAUUACGACUGGUGGAUGUUGCGAGAGAUAUAUCUGACUAA